UGCAGCUUCUAGAUACCCAUGCCACUCCCGACCCCCAGUCUAGCGUCUUCAAUUCUGACUUGUUGAAACCCGACAUUUCAGUAUACAAAGCAAAAGACAUAAUAGAUCCUAUUACACAGUUUUUCCACAUGGAAUCCCAUGUCGAAGUCAAGCUGGCUGCCGUAGAUGAUGCGUUAAGCGACGAGGGAGAUUUCGAGAGCGACGAGAUACUGAGUCACGACACCCGAGGCCGGCUCGUGUCAUAUGCCAAUGCACAGAUGGCUUCACAAUAUCGCACUCACCUAUUCACUGUCUUUAUAUGUGCAGACAAGUGAUGCUCCAUAUUUGCAGGAAUUUUUUUGGCGACUUGAUUAUGCCAAUGACUCAACUCGUCGUUGGGACGCCUCUGUUACUGAGCCUACACCAGAAGAAGCGUCCCAGGCACGGCAUAGGUUGGGUAAAGAAGAACCGGAGUUACUAUUCAAAUUUGCUGUAUACGACGACCUAAACUCGGACGCCGAGCCUAAAAUUUUCAUCGCCGGUGAACCAUUCGAAAGUCAUGCAUAUCCUACAGGUCAUGCGACCCGCUGCUUCAUCACCUAUCACAUCUCAGAAGACCGCGUUGUCUUCAUGAAGGACACCUGGAGGAUUGUGGCCUCGGAUUUGGUGGCAGAGGGUCGAAUAUACCAGCGCUCGCAAGAGGCCAAGAUUCUUCAUAUUGCAGAAUUCGUCAUAGCCGGUGACAUACCUGGACAGAAUCAAAAGACAUUUUUCCAGCCACAUAAGGGUCUCCCUCAAAAACAGCAUCAACACUAUAGACUUGUGUUGGAAACCAUCGGUCGACCAUUGGCGUCCUUCCGUUCGUCAUGGGAGAUGGUGAACGCGAUAAACGACACGAUGACAGCUCACCAACAGACCGUCGAAAAGCUUCAGAUCAUGCAUCAGGACAUCAGUGUCGGCAAUGUUUUGAUUACGGAGGAUACGAACGGAAAGCUGGGCAGCAUACUCGUCGAUUGGGAUCUUUGCCAGUCUCUAGAGAAGCUCAAUGACGAAAACACAUCCAUCAAGCGAACGGGGACAUGGGAGUUUAUUUCUGCUAAAGUACUGCUGGAUCCAACUGCUCCGCGCACCGUAACCGACGACUUGGAGUCCUUCUUGCAUGUGCUCACAUGGGUCACUAUUCUGCUCACGCCCACCGAGAUGUCGCCUCAGACAUUGGCUGCAACAUUGCGGAUCUGUUACAGCGGCAUUUGGGGUACGCCUGAUGAUCCGAUAGGAGGCAUGUCCAAGGGAACAUCCCUAGCAGCUGGUAGAAUGAGUUCCAGGAUGUUUCGCUUACUGAACCCCAAGCUGCACCAACUCGUGGACACGUUGUAUGCCACUUUUGGUGCAUGGUACGGUUCUGACCUCUAUGUCAUCACGUUGGAAGAGGAUCCAUUGGCCAUUCAGGAGCUGUUAGACCGGCUGCGGGAUCACAAGUGGAUGCUCGACACUAUCACAAAUGUGCUCAGUGAUGCAGAUGCGUGGCCUGCGGAUGAUAGGUCUCAUGCGAACUCUUUGCCUAAAGGGCGCGAGAUACCUAACAGAAAACGGAAGUCGGAUUCAGAGCCGGAAAGCAGCAGGCCCUCACAGAAGGUUCGGUCAAUCGUCGAGGAGGGAGCAAUUGUGUAGUCUGGAAUCGUGGUGGUACAAAUGCAACGAAACUUAAAGAUAGGACUACGUGCCACGAUUGUGCCUACAGAGGAAUACCAUCAGAUAAACUCGAUAUACA